AUGGGCCCGGAAAAGUGUUUUUCGGCUGUGAAUGGGGGGUUUGAGACGAGGAGUUUGCAGAAGGGACGGUCGCUGGUUCGCCAUUUUCAGACUCUGUUGGGCAAAACUCGGGCUGGUUUGGACUUGAAUCAGUUCAGAAAUGGGUGGAAUACGACCCAGAAUCGGGAGUUUGGCGUUAGAAGGUGUUAUUCUACCGAAGAGACACCGGAAUCGUCGACUGAGGUCGAAGUCGAGCUGCUGCACCCGCUGCUGGUUCAGAAGGCCGAGCAGCUGAAAGUCGAGUACAAUGGUCUUGCACAAGAAAUGUCGUCAGAAUCGGGAUCCGGGUUUGACCAAGUCAAAGCUACUCGGAUGUCGAGACUCGGGUUCGUGGUUGAUCUGUUCGACCAGUACGAGUCCAUGGAGAAAGAGUAUCAGGAACUACUGCAUUUGCUGAAUGAUCCGUCUUUAAAGGAAGAAGCCGAAUCUGAGCUGAAAUCAGUUGAGUCGAAUUUGACGGCGCUGACUGCUACAUUACAAUCGAAACUAGUACCUACAAAUCCGUUUGUGGAUAAAGCGUGCAUUCUCGAGCUUCGUCCGGGUGUAGGAGGCAGUGAAGCGGCCAUUUUCGCCAACGAUUUAUUAACUAUGUAUGAGAAUUACGCUAUCAAAAACAAAUGGGAUACUCGAAUGAUAUCCAUUACAAAAACCCCGGCAGGAAACGGAAUUGUAGAAGCUAUUUUCAACAUCAAUGCUGCUGGAGCUUAUGAAAGACUACAGUAUGAAGGUGGGGUUCAUAGAGUCCAAAGAAUUCCCGAAACUGAGACUAAGGGUCGUGUUCAUACAUCAACAGCCGCUGUAGUGGUACUACCGACCGAAGUCAUGGAACCAGGAGCCGACGAGUCGAAAGCUGGUGAAGAAGCUGAACGGACGUUCCAAGCCAAUGAAGUACGAGUCGAUGUGAUGAGAGCACGAGGUGCCGGUGGUCAGCAUGUGAAUACCACGGACUCAGCAGUACGACUGACCCAUAUUCCCAGUGGAAUUGUGGUAGUGAUACAAGACGAGCGGUCUCAGCAUAAAAACAAAGCCAAAGCGUUCACGAUCCUGCGAGCCCGUUUGGACGAGAUCGAACGACAAGAAAAAGUACGCGAAGAGCGGAGCAAACGAACCGCUCAAGUGACCACCACUGAACGGUCCGACAAAAUCCGGACCUAUAACUACCCACAAAACCGAAUCACCGACCACCGGUGCGGGUCCACCACAUACAAACUGGACGACGUGGUCAAAGGCGAAAUCAACGAGUUCAACGAAGUCGUCGACCAAAUGGACGCGUUCGCCAAAACCGAGGCCAUGAAACAACUCCUCGAAGACCAGGCCUCUUCUCUGUAA